GUGCCACCCUCAGCCACCUGUUUUGCUGAUACCCUCUUCUUCCUCUGACCAUCCUCUAAGCAGCAAGCCUGCAGGGCCUGCUACAUGCUGGAGACUCCAUUACCCCCCUUUUUCCUUCUGAUUGUAACUACAGCUGGUAACUAGCUGGACCUCACCAUGCGGAUCCUCCUGUACUCCGUGAUAUUCCUCCUCAGUGUUUUUGGGAACAUGCUGGUCCUCGUGGUCCUCGUGAUGAACAAGCGGCUGCGCACUGUCACCAACUCGUUCCUGCUCUCCCUGGCGGUCAGCGACCUGAUGGUGGCCGUCUUCUGCAUGCCCUUCACCUUCAUCCCCAACCUGAUGCGGACCUUUGUCUUUGGGAAGGUCAUCUGCAAGGCCAUGGCCUACCUCAUGGCGACGUCUGUCAGCGUCUCCACCUUCAGCCUGGUGGCCAUCGCGAUCGAGCGCUACAACGCCAUCUGCAACCCGCUCAAGUCCCGGGUGUGGCAGACCCGCUCCCACGCCUACCGCGUCAUCGCGGCCACCUGGCUCCUCUCCGCCCUCCUCAUGUUGCCUUACCUGGUCUACAACACCAUCACCUCGCCGCCAGCCCACCCAGGCAUUUACAGGUGCGGCCCCACCUGGCCUGGGAACCAUGUCAAGCAGGCCUGGUACGUGCUGCUGAUUGUCACCCUCUUCUUCCUCCCCGGGGUAGUGAUGAUUGUGGCCUAUGGACUUAUCUCCCGUGAGCUGUACAGGGGCAUCCAGUUUGAGAUGGACCUCACCCGGGAGGCCAAAGCUCACCCGAAUGGGAGCCCUGAGCCCCUGGCCCCUUGUGAGGAUGGGGACGGCUGCUACAUCCAGGUGCCCCAGCCUGCCACUGGCGGGGUCGAGCUGUCGGUCCUGAUGCCGGGAGACAGCACCAAGCAGGAGAGGGCCCGCAUCAACAGCUCAGAAGCCAAGCUGCUGGCGAAGAAGCGCGUCAUCCGGAUGCUGGUGGUGAUCGUGGUCCUGUUCUUUGUGUGCUGGCUGCCCGUCUACGUGGCCAACACCUGGCGUGCCUUCGACGGGCCGGCCGCCGAGCGUGCCCUCUCCGGCACCCCCAUUUCCUUCAUCCACCUCCUCUCUUACUGCUCCACCUGCGUCAACCCCUUCAUCUACUGCUUCAUGAACAAGCGUUUCCGGAAGGCCUUCGCCGCCACCUUCUCCUGCUGUGGUGCGCCCUGCCGCCGCCCACGUCCCACGGAGGACGAGGUCACAGCCACCGGGGCCUCCCUCUCCAAGUUCAGCUACACCACGGUCAGCACCAUCGGCCCCCCAUGACCUAUGGCUCCCCCCGACCCAUGAGUGGUGCCUCGCAUGCGCCCACCUUCGUUCUGCCUGGGGAGGCUCAGGGCCUCGCCCCCCCUGCCCACAAACCUUCACCCCAGGAUCUCUGCUUGCCCCUUUGGCCUUCCUCCUCCCGCCAGGGUCGGUGGUCCUUAUAGGCUGCAAAGGGGCGCGUGGCCGCCAGUGAUGACUGGGGAGGGGCUGAGGCACCACGGAGCUCUCACAAUGCCCCCACCCCACCCCAAAGAGGAGCAGCCUGGUCCCGCUCCCCAGCCUGCCACUGCAAGGAGCCCAGCCUUGCAGCCAGAGAACCUUUGGAUGCCCAAGCAGUUCUCUUCAUCCCCCCCCCGCCUGCCUGUUCCCCACCCCAGCAUUUCCUCCCCAAACGAUGUCCAGUUCCUCCCGCUUUGCCAGGUUAAAAAAACCCUCCCCUCCCCCACUUUUACUUCCUUGGAGGCGCUUGUUCUUAGCCUUCCCCCCCCCCGCCGCCCAAAUCACCACUGCUGCCCCACUCCAGUCAUUGUCACUGUUCUGGGUGGAGUUUCUUGAAGGGGAGGGAGAGAAGGCAUGUGUGUGAGGGGGGUCUCUUUGUGUAACACCACUCAGACAGUGGGGGAGGGGUCUGGAUCAUGAAGAGAAACCUGGCUGAGAGGUUGGGGGGGCAGAGGGGCCAGGGAGACCUCUUGACCCCUAUGAUUUGGGGAAGUGGCCAAACCUCCCCCCCCCCGUUCUUGCAGGAGUGUUGCAAAUGUCCCUGAGAGAAUAAGGGGGGGCGGGCUGCAAGGAGGGAGCCCUUGGUAACUGAGGCAGCCCCGCCCCUCCCUAGUGUGAGCCAGGCCCAUCAUCUGCCCCAUUUCCCAGAAGCCGCCCCCACCCCAUCUGUCCAUCAUUGUGGCCAAGGUCUCCUCGGACGGUGAGACCUGGAAUUGUUCAGGGCAAUGGCCGGUGGGGCUAGCAGAGUGGGGGGGGCGGAUGUUGGGUCCCUCGGACUCAUUCCCUCAUUGCCAGUGGGAGACCUGCCCCCCCCCUCGCCCAGCACAUCUUCUGCUUCUCUAUCGAUGCCAUGCUGGCGAUGCAGGGAGCUGUACACGCCACGGGGGGAGCCUGCGGGGGGGGGGAGAAUCGUUCCGUUUCUCUUGUCUGUCAAAAUAAAGCUCUCAGCAUUGAACGGCCUUCUGCUGCUGAUGCCGCCCCCUCGUUCCUUCUGCCGGCAAGCGAGCGAGCGAGGGGUGGGUGGGAAGGGUAAACCGAGGCCUGCCUUGGGGGCUGGCAAGGGGAGUCUGAGGAGCCCCCCUGCCGAGCGAGAGAACCCCUUCCCUUCCCUUCCCAAACAGCCCUCACGGCCAGGGCUGGUCCAGAGACAAGGCAGAAAUGUGGGGACGGCCCCGAGCAGCAGCGGAGGAUUUCAGGGGAGGUGGGGGGGCGUCCUGAAAGGCUGGGGAGUCGCUUGAUGCUUGGCUUGGUCUCAGUCCUCCUUUUAGGGCCAGCGGGUGUUGUUUGUUUGUUUUUUGUUUUGCCAUGUGUGCCAAACAAAAGACCAAACCAAAUCCUGGACCAGCCUUCCACAGGAGGGACCUUGACAAGGUUGCGGGAUUCAGCGUUUGCUUUUCUGCCUGAGGCAGCCAAAUUCCCUUGUCAGGACCCUGUUCAGGCCCUGCCCUGUGGAGGAGCAGCCUCUGCUUCCAGAGGAGGGCCUUCCCAAGACGUCACGCCCCAUGGCCAGUGGAAUUCCAUGGCAUGGCCGGUCUGGGGCCAGCCUUCUUCCCCACCCACCCCUCACCCCAUCUGCAAGACCCCCACAUGGUGGGUUCUGCAGCCACCAGAAGGCGAGUCAGAGGCAAAGCUGGAAAAAAUCCAGGCAGGUUAUAUCCCCCAGAGACAAGAGUGGGUUUUGGGGGGGGGGAUGUCCCUUAACCUCCACUACCCCCCAGUCCGCUCUGAUUCUUCAUGUAGCUGUUAAGCAGAUGUGUUUGUACCUCUUGAGAGAAGGCAGGUGAUGGACACCUUGGCCAGCAAAUUUAUGGUCCCCCCCCCCUUGCCAUGCCUCUGCUGCCUGCCCAGGACGGGCCCCUCCAGAGCAUCUCCUUGCCCCCUGGUUUAUAGCUGCCUGCUUCCCUUCCUGCACUCUGGCUGAAACCUUAGAUCAGAGGAGCAGAAUUCAAAAAGAUCUGGACCGGCUGGAGCCCUGGCCUGAAAGCAACAGAAUGAAACGAAACAGGGAUAAAUGGAAAGUUUCUACCCCUGGGAGGUGGGAGUGGGGGGGGGGCAAACACACAGGAUUCUUGGAUGAUGCAGCACAAGCUUUUAGAGCCAUAGGUCAAUGGAACCCAUGGCCUCGGGGUGGGGGGGGGAGGAGGUGAGUGCUCCAGCCCUUGGAGGCCUUCAAGACAAAGUCAGCCAGUGAUCUCUCAGACACUCUUUCCUCUGGAUCCCUGGCUUGAGCAGGGGGCUGGACUUCAUGGCCUCAUGGCCCCCCUCCCGAUUCUGUCGUUUUAUAGUUCUGUGAUUCUACCACUUCCUCUCUUCUCGGCUUUCGACCAACUUUUGAGCUCUUAAUCUUUUGCGUAAACUGGGUGGGCGACCCAGUCACCCCCGGACUAUGUGUCCUGGCUAUGAGGCUGGGUCUUUUCUAUCAAAUGUGUCUUCUAAAUAAAUGUA